UUAUGAUUUGGAUUUUUGAAAACUCUGAAGUGCCAUAACUUUUUUUCUAUUAUAGAUAGAAAGCUGGAAUCUUCAGAAAAUUUCAGCUCAUUUGGACUCAUUUUUCCAGAAAUAAAAUUGCGUUAAGCAAUUUGGGGUGAAUUUAUCAAUAUUUCAAUUUUCUUUUCUGAGUGCCUUUUUUUCAUAGAUUUCUGCUUCACAUCCCAGAAUAAUUUAGUGUAUGGAGUUUGAGAGGUCCCCAGUGAUCAUUUAGACACAAAAUCUCAACAUAGAAAAAAUUGAAAUUUCAUCAUACUAAGGUAAAAACUUUAAAGACCUAUAAUUUUUUUUUUUCCAUUAUAGAUAGAAAGCUGAAAUUUUCAGCGAUUCCUAUCUCAGUGGAAUACCACAAUCUCUGAAAAUGUCAGCUCAUUUGGACUUGUAGUUCCUGAGAAAAAAUCCCAGAAAAAAAUUUCAAAAAGAAAUAGGUAGCUUCAUUUUUAUUAAUUAUAUCGCUAUCGAAACAUCUCAAUCAUUGUCAUGAGCAAGCAACAAAUUAAUUAAUUAACCUGUCUAAAAUUUCACAAGACUAAUUGCGUCAUUGAAAUUAAAAAAAAAAAACUUCACUCCUGUACUAUCCUUCGCCUUCUAUAUUGAUCCCUUUAGAUCCCCGCCCCAUCCAGAACACAAGCGCAUUAGUUCCUGUUGCAUCCCCAGCAGGAACAUAAUCAUUCGGUGUAAAACGUAAACACGCACACGAUGACUUAAAACCAAAUACGUUUACUAAAACAAUGUCGUCCGAAACCCCUAAUUUAAUGGCCCCACAAACACCAGUUCUCAGUGUGGCUUGUCGUAUAUUACGAUCGCCAAGUCACGAAAGCGUCACUACAGACUUAUCAUUGUUUUCCGUAAGUUCUGUAGACUCUACCGGAGGCCGAAGACUACUGAAUUUCAAGUGCGAUAGAGGCCACAGUCCUAAUCCCGAGUCCAGAACCCAAAAUCGUCCCGCAGACAUCCCGGAAAUUUUGUGGUUCGAAGAAGAAACCGAUUUGAUUCGGAGUUGCGCCGCCUUAUCUUCGGCUGUGGGUCUACAGAAAAGUUUCAGCACUAGCGAUAUCAGCCAGCUACCUUCGCCUGAUGAGGGUCCUAAUUUGCAAGGUCUCCGAAACGCCGUGUCCGAACUGGCUUUGAAUUCGUUGCAGAGAAGCGGAUUUUUGUUGGAACAUGCCAGAUUGGAUCAUACUUCAAGAUCGUGUUCUACGUGGGUAGCAGUAGGCGAUAUAGCUUCGACCUCACAACUGCCGUCCCCUCACGGAGGUCAGUCGUCCACCAACACUACCUCACAACCUCCAGCUUGUACGCCUCCGCCUCCUGCUUUCACUGCAGCCGAUUUUAUACGAUCUGUUAACAAGAAGGUCCGCCAAAACUACAUAAGAAGAAGACUGCUGACUACCUACAAGGCCUUAGAGCGACUGUCUCAGAGUGAAUUUAACUUAGACAGGUUAGAAGUGACUCCAUCGACUGCUCAAGCUAGUUUAGAUUCUUGUUCUCAAAGCGUUAUUGGUCCUGGUCCAACAAGACUGACAGUUCCCGGAUCAAGUCCUACGCCUAGCAAAAGCCCUACAACAUCGAGCAGUACUAACGCUGCAAUGUUGAGGGCAGCAAAAUCCAGAGCGGGAAAAAAUUUGCCUUUAACAAUAAGGGACGUGGAACGGGAACGGGGCAAGCCUUUGUCCAAUGAUAAAAGUAAAUUUCAAUGUCAAGAUAGUCCGGAAUGUAUUGAUAAUGACCAAGAGUGCAAUGGUAUUGUAGAUUGUCCAGACGGAAGCGAUGAAACAAAAGAAAUUUGCGAAAAUAUUAUUUGUCCUGGAUAUUUAUUCAGAUGCGAUUACGGUGGUUGUAUAAGCGGUCAUUUCAAAUGCGACGGAAAACAAGAUUGCCGAGAUAACUCAGAUGAAGCUAAUUGUUUCGACAACAAUAAUUGCAGAUCAAAUCAGUACCAAUGCACCAACGGCGAGUGUAUUGAUAUUGAUGGUAGAUGUAAUGGCAUUAUCGAUUGCAAAGAUAGAUCAGAUGAAACUGAGGAUUUGUGUCUUAAUGUCAAUUGUCCUGGAUAUACUUUCAAGUGUAAAUAUGGUGCUUGUGUAGAUGGAACUGCCAAAUGUAACGGAAUAAAAGAAUGUCACGACAAUUCGGACGAAGACCCAAGUAUUUGUCCUGUUGUUACAAUGACCACUGCGACCCCUCCACCAAGAAUAAAGGGACCAACAUGCACAACUCCUGCUCAACCGUUGAAUGGCUCCUGGAAAUACUGGAACGGAAGAAUAAUUGAAAAAGCGGCUCUACCAAACGAACGCGUAGAUCCAAUGACUCAAAUCAUAUUCAGAUGCAAUAAUGGCACUCAUCAAUUAUCCACCAGCCAUGAUAGAGACCAAGAGAUUUUCUAUUGCCAAGAAAAUGGAGAAUGGAGUAACGGACAGAUAGUUGCUUUUGGAUUUCCAAAAUGUCUUGUUCUUUGCGAAAAGUACUACAACGAUGACCACGCAGUUCUUCAGUGUAAACGUGACAAUUCUGUAAUUCCGUGCGAUAGAGCCACACACAACACCAUUCUCACAUUUACAUGUGAUCUUUAUUACGAAUCAGCCUCACUUUAUACCACUAAUUAUUGUACUAAUGGAGUGUGGUCUUAUGAACGUCCUAAAUGCAAAGAAGUAUGCGGAGAAAAGCGAGUAAGUGCAGUACCAUUGAUAAUCGAUGGUAAAAUAGUGGAGCGUGGUCAUUAUCCGUGGGUUGUUGCAUUGUAUUUGCCUUCGAGUGAUGCUACAACUUUUGAGCUUAAAUGUGGUGGAUCGCUUUUAACAGCAAAUUUUAUACUCACAGCUGCUCAUUGUGUAUCCAAUGGUAAUACUGGAGAACCAUUUGAUAAAGAGCUUUAUCGUGUGGCUGCUGGCAAGUAUUUUAAUAAAUAUAACGACUCUAAAGACAUCGAUACAGCACAAUAUCGAAAAAUAUCCAGUUUUAUAAAACAUGAUGAAUUUCGUGGAAUAGAUUCACAGUUCAGAUCUGAUAUAGCAAUUUUAAAGGUGGACAAGGAAUUUUUUUUAUCAAGAGUAGUCCAACCAGUUUGUUAUAGAAAUUUACCAAGCUUGACUGAUAUAGGAGAUGCAACUGUUACAGGGUGGGGUUUCACAAAAACAUCUUCAGAACCUUCAGAGGUUUUGAAAGAAAUUGGCUUGAAAUAUGUCCAACCAAGCACUUGUUUAAAAAAAUACAACGACGACGAGUUUUAUCGAAGAUAUCUUUUUGGUACUGAUAAAAUAUGCGGCGAAUCCAUUAACGGAACUGGAGGUGCGUGUCAAGGCGACAGUGGAGGUGGACUAGUGGUACCGCACAAUGACGGCAGAUAUUUCAUUCAAGGCAUUGUCAGUUUAAACAGGCCAGUGAGACAAAGUGACGGUCAACAUUGCAGCACUGAAAAACCAGUACUUUUUACUUUUGUUAAAAAGUAUAAAAGUUGGAUUGAUCAAACGAUGGCAUUUUUAGAAGGCCAAGAAUGAUAUUACUAAAAGUUUUUUUUUUCUUAAGACUCAAUAAAUAUGUACUUAUACCUAGUUAAAAUAAUCUUUAAUUAAACCAAAUUUUAAAUAAAUAAUA